AUGGCCCAGAACCAAGGAGAGGUUCAAGUGGGUACACCGAGUCAACCUGUGAAAGAUAAGGAUAUUUACGCGUGUCUUCCUGACAUACGAGGGAAUGGUCCCCUCGGUCCUGACGAACCGUGUCCUGGAGGUGAAGAAUUGCGGUGGCUUCCUGCACAAGCCACUGAUAGAGAUUUGGUAAUGUACUUGAGAGCGGCAAGAUCGAUGGCAGCUUUUGCCGGCAUGUGUGACGGUGGCUCUCCCGACGAUGGUUGUGUAGCAGCUAGCCGUGAUGAUACUACAAUAAAUGCCCUUGAUGUGCUCCAUGACUCAGGCUAUGACCCAGGUCGUGCUCUUCAAGCUCUUGUUAAAUGCCCUGUACCUAAAGGAAUUGAGAAAAAGUGGUCAGAAGAGGAGAUCAAGCGUUUUGUGAAAGGUAUACGUCAAUUUGGUAAAAACUUUUUUAAAAUUCGUAAAGACUUAUUGCCACAUAAAGACACUUCAGAACUCGUUGAGUUUUACUAUUUGUGGAAAAAGACACCAGGUGCUAGUAGUAAUAGACCACACCGAAGGCGGAGACAAGCAUCACUUAGGCGUGUUCGAAACACUAGAAAUUCACGUGCUGGCACACCAAAGGAACAGACACCUGAAGCUACUCCUACUAUACCAGACACAAACGGUUCUAGACCAUCACCUAACCCAAAAGAAGGAGGAGAAAUGAGUUCAGUAACAGAAGAUGAAAAUUCAGAAGAAGACAGCGACUCUCGUGAUGCUGGAGAUUUAGCUAAAGUAGAUAAUGGGAGAACGGGUGAUAAUCCAGAGGACUCUCCAAGUAGAAUGAGGACUAGGAACAAAUCUAAAGAACAAGUGACACCCAAUGGAAAGAAAGGUCAAGAUGAGAGUGAUAGUGAUUCAAAAUCAAAAACUAAAGCUAAUAAACCAAAUGCACAAAGCACAAACAAUAAUGUUACAGAAAAAGUUAUAUCAUCACCUGUAAGUAAAGAUGUUAAAAAGAAAGUAGCAAAUGGUAAAGUUGAUGUUUCAAAGGUUAAAAAGCGUCUUCCAGAUGAUUUGAAAAUAGAAGGCAUUAUGGAUGGAGAUGUACAAAUGAAGAAGAAAAAGCAAAGCGAACCUCCGGAGAGCCCAUCGGAAAGCUUUACUAAUGAUAGUUUUCCUGCUAUUGAUGAGACCGAAAGCACUGAGCCAGAACCUGAGGCUUGUGAUUUCAGUUUUAAUAAAACAGAAAAAGAAAAUAUUGAACAAAAUAAGGAACCUGAACCAGAAACACCAGCCAAACUACCAGAACCACAAGUGAAAGUGGAAAAUAAUUUAGAACCAAUAAUCAAAACAGAAAAAGAUGCAAUACCACCCUUAUUUAAAGUAGCUUCUGAAAAGGAGGAUAGAAAUGUGUUAGAUUUAAAAACUGAUUCAAAUGCCCCUAAAAAUAAUGAUAAUAAUGAACCACCUAGAUCAUUACCAAUGCCUGGUGCAAUAUUUCCCAAAACAGAACUUAUUAUUCCAAAAGUUACUCCAAUGGCUACAGAUUUAAUAGAAAAAAUAAAAAUAAAGGAAGAAAUUGAUACAGAGGAACUUACACUUAAUUUACAAAAGGAAGAAUUUCAGAAGGAUCCUCUUGCACACAGUUUUCCAGGACAUCCAGUCAAUCAAACAAAUAAGCCUCUUAAUUUGGAGAACACUAAUUUCUUUGUAAAGGAUAGUCAUAUCUACAAUCCAAAGCUAAAUCAUAAUAUCAAAAUUGAAGGUGGAAUUACUAACAACAUUUUUAAUCCAGUUAACAUUACGAAGGAGAGUUCUAUAAUUAGGAGUGCAAAAGAUUUUUCAAGCAGCAUGCCAUCAUUUUCAUAUGGCUCCAGUAUUAAUUAUCCAAAAGAUCCUAACAAGCAUAAUCCUCAUAUAAACCCACUUAAAACUGUAAUUAAGUUGGAACCUAGAGAUGAAACCAGUGAAAUGAAGAACCAAAAUACUCCAGAGAUAUUUACAGCAACCAUCACCACAGCUAGUAAAGUAGACUCUCCUAAUACACCACGCUUAGAUGCACUACAAAGAAUAAAUCCAUCACCUACAAAUACAAGAAGUUCAUCACCACCAGCUAUGGAGCAUCCUUCGACCACCAACACAGACCCCAUAUCACCUGCAAAUUCUCAAGAGACCAAAGAUUCAGAUGUUGAUGAUAAACAACCUACUGAUCUUAAGACUCAGCCCAAGCAUGAUAAUCAGAAUACUGGAUUACGACCCCCAGUUUUUCCUUCACCAGUGCGACCAGAAAAUAUGGGAAUAAGAUCAACAGAACCAUCAAAUGUUCCAGGGACAGGACAAAACAUGCCUCCACCUCCUAUGAGUCAGCCAUCCAUGGCUGGGUUGCUACCGCCUGGUCCAUUAAUAUCAGUGGGAAGUGGGUCUAAUGUAGGACCUUAUAGUUUUAUGCCUGCACCUUUGUUUGGGCAUUCAAGUCAUCCUGGCUUAGAUAAACCAGGUUCACUGCCUCCAUUAAUACAACAAGUUCCACCAUCACAUAGUCAUCCAGGAAGUAAUAUUAUACCUCCACCUUCCAAUCAAAGUGACCCAUCUAUGCCACAGGACCUGAAAAUCAAACAAGAAAUUCCAGAUAAUAUGCCUGCAAAUCUUUCUACACAAAGUACAGAUCCUUUACAAUCCCUGAAAGAGGUUAAAGUACCUGGAUAUCCUAUUGGAAGUGCCAUAGCACAGCACUUAAGCACAGAAAGAGAUAGAGAAUCAAUAUCAAGUGUAGAAAAUAAUAGUAGGCCACCAAGUCAACCAACUAAUGAGACUCCAAAUAUGCCAAGUGCUUUCCUUGGACCAAGAAUAGAUAGUAUAAAGAAAGAGCCAGAUUUUCUGCACCAGCCUCACUUACCGCCUACUAGUCAAGGUGGUAGUUCAGAUACAGGAAGUACUUUACCUCCUGUGAAGAGUCCCCAUACACCUACGCCAAUCAAGAGUCAACCAAGUCAUAAUGGAACACCUGGACAUCCUCAUCCAUCUGCUACUACAUCUCCAUUCUCAAGACAUUUGACAAGUCCAUCCCAGCCACGACAAAUAUCUGCAUCACCAGUGCAGCCAAACACUCCUGUAUCUCAUUCUGCAUUGAACUUGAUGAAUCCAACUCCUUUGUCUAUACCAUCUACAAUUCCUGGCCCAGUCAUGCAUUCAGGACAACAACCGGGUCCACCGCACCCCCAUCCAUUUGCAUCGCCUUUGCAUCAUCCUCACCACCCGCUAUUACAUCCUUCAAUAUUCCAACUUUCUGCAGCAGCAGCUGCACAUGCUAUGCAUCCUUAUUAUCCUCACCCUCAUCCUGGUUACUCUAUGCCAUAUCCAUAUCCAUAUGGACCUCUACCACAACCUCAUCCAAUACCGCCGAUGCAUCCUGCUUCAAGCACUCCAGGGAGACAUGAUCCUGUAAAGCCAUCAACAAUAGAAUCUACAACAAUGCUCAGUUCACAUCACAGCACAAGUUCAUCCGUAACAACGAGAUCAUUAAGAGAAAUAUCUGAAAGCACCGAAGAUCCAAGAAAUCCAAAUGCUACUACAGAAAGACAUCAACUCCACGAAACUACAAUGACCCAUCAUCAUUCUACUAGUCACCACAGUGCGGUUCAUACAAGUACAGAAAAACAGCCCAACCAUGCAGGUGGCGGAACCAACCACACAUUGUCGAUUUCUCAUUCGACUUCGAGUAGUUCGUCGCAAUCUAUACAACAUAAAAUUAAUACGCAACAAAAAUCCAGCUCACAUUCAAGCUCUCCACAUCAUUUGUCAGCAAGUGUAUCUCAGACAACAAGCUCUUCCUCAAGUGUUAAUGUAACAAAUAAUCACACACAUCAUCAUUCGCAUCAUUUAGCACAUCAUCCAGAGAGGCUGUCACCAGCAGACUCAAUGCUACUUCGUCAUCAUCCAAAGAUGAUACCCGGAAAUCCUAAUCAUUUAAUGAUUCAGCCACCUUCGAUGGGCCAUCCUAUGGGCUUAGGAUUACCACCUGGACCAGGACCAAGUUCUAUUGAAAGUCUGCGCUUACAUGCUCAAGCUGCAGCAGGUUUACAAUCUACCCAUGGACGAUCUGGAUCCCCACAUCAAUUACCUCAUGGCCAUCCACAUUUACGUGGCCCGCCAAGACAGAUUGCAGACGACAACACAGAAUUGAAACUUGAAACGCAAUCUCAGCCUGAAGAGGAAGAAAUCCCAAGUCCCGCGCAUAUACCACAUGGACCUAGUCCUGAACCGAAAAUAGAAGACACAGAAUGCCAUAGAUCACAAUCAGCAAUAUUCCUAAGGCAUUGGAAUCGCGGUGACUACAACUCCUGCACUCGCACUGAUCUCAUUUUCAAACCGGUUCCGGAAUCGAAGUUAGCACGUAAACGCGAAGAACGUUUGAGAAAGCAAGCCGAACGAGACAGAGAAGAGAGAGAGAAAAUCGCGCAACAGGCGCACAGAAAGAUAGCGACACCAGAAAAACCCGAAACGAAACCGCCUUCGAGGGGUGCAAUAGAGACGAUAUCGUCCCCGUACGAUCGAUUUCCGAGACCGCCUGGAUACCCAGAGACACCGGCGCUGCGUCAACUGUCCGAAUAUGCCCGUCCUCACGCCGGCUUCAGUCCAGGAAACUUACCGCGUCAUUGCAUGGACCCCAUGCUGCAGUACCAACUCAGUUCCAUGUACGGCGCCGCGGGCGCUCGAGAGAGACUCGAACUGGAGCACCUGGAGAGAGAGAAACGGGACAGAGAGAUACGCGAGCUUCGCGAGCGAGAGCUCAACGACAGACUUAAAGAGGAGCUGCUCAAAAACAACGUCGGGCCGCGAGGGCUCGACCCGCAUUGGCUGGAGAUGCACAGAAGAUACGGGAUGCCGCCACCGCCGCCGCAGGGCGCCAUCCCCGUCCAGUUCGGAUUGUACCCGCCGGGGCACGGGCCCGCGGCACUGUCGCAGCUGGAGCGCGAGCGGCUUGAACGGCUGGGUAUCCCGCCCGCGGGCGCUAGCGGCGGGCCUCCAAACGUGCCCGUAUCCGGCGCCGGGCCGCAUCAUCCGCACCACCCGCACCCGGGCGUGGCGGCCGCGCAGUUGGAGGCGGCCGAGCGGCUCGCACUAGCCGCCGACCCGAUGGUGCGGCUGCAGAUGGCGGGUAUCAACCCCGAGUACCACGCGCACACGCACGCGCACACCCACGCGCACUCGCACACGCACCUGCAUCUGCACCCCGGGCAGCAGGCGGCGGCGGCGGCGGCGGCGCAGCAGGAGGCGCUGGGGCUAGGCCCGUACCGGCCUCUGCACCCGGAGUUGCUGGGCUCGGUGGGGCGGCCUUACGCCGAGCAGCUGGCGCAGCAGGCGGCCGCGCACGAGCAGCUGCAACGUCAGUUGCUGCUGGAGCGCGAGCGUGGGUUCCUGCACCCCGCGCACCACGAGGACUUCCUGCGACAGCAGCGCGAGCGCGAGCUCAAGGUGCGCGCGCUGGAGGAGGCGGCGCGCGCCUCGCGCCCCUAG